GAAAAGAAACUGUAUAAUAAUUAAUAAUUAUUUUUAUCAUUGUAAUAUGAUAGACAAAUGUGGCUUGCAUCUUCGCGAAAUUGGAUAAUCUUGAGUAACAUUGUAUACUAUCGUUUCCAUCUAACGUCGCGCAUGAUAAUUCGAGAAAUGUGAUUAAUUAAGGCGGGAACAUAUGUAAAAGGGUAUCGGCCUUUCUCGUUGUUGUCGUUGUCGUCAUCAUCGUCUGUUUCAUCCUACUCUAUUGGAGAAAUUAACAGCAGCCGACUGGUUUAACUCGGCUGGUUUUCUCAUCACAAGCGUCACGAGAAAUAAGACGAAGACAUUCGAAAAUUCGUAAAAUGCUUUCAAGAAAACCACGUAUGAAACGUCAUUUUAUUUUUCUCGUUACUCGUAUCGCGAUCGUAUUGCAGAUAACGUGAGCCUUGUAGUUGGUUAAAGAAGGAAAUUGACAAUGGGACAAGUAGGCUAUAUUAAUUCCGCGAAAUUACUCUACGUUGCUCUACGUUACGGAAUAUUGCAAGAAGAAAAACAUAUACGUGCAGUUGUAUUUUUAGAUUUUUAACAUUAAUACGUAUUCGAUAAAUGCUAUGCAAUUAAUUAAUGUCUUGAGAUAACGUUACGUUAAAAAAAAAAAAUUAAAAGUAAAGAGUAAUUUAACGAAAUUUGUAUCAAUCUAAAAUCUUACGAACAAUGCACUACGAUCGAUAAAUCUGUUGACGGUUUGAAAUUUCACACAUUCCUCGCACACGUGUGUAGCAAGUUAUCACCUUUGCGGGUAGAAUUACAAAGCCUAGCUAAGUUCACAAACUUGGAAAUUCGUUCUGACGCACAGGCAAACGUUCUGCAAGUAUUCCGAAUACUCGUGAUCACAGACUUCUCGCAUCGGCAUACGCCCUGUGGAUGGGUUGUGUGCCUGUCCAUCAAUUAAUAAAAUUCUGACGCCGAGAUAUUAGCUCAUCUAUCGUAAUUCGCCCUUGAAUUUUAUUGAGACUAUUCUAUUAGUCGAUAUAUUUUUUUGUAGAGAGAAAGAGAGAGAGAGAGAGACAUUAUUUCGAAUAUUAAGAUUUAACGAAAUUAUUAAGACUUCUGGUGUAUGUAUAAAACGUUAAGAUCCUUGUUAUCCUUGUGAAAAUCCCAAAAAUAUUACUGCGAAAAAUUAUAUUAAGUUUUAUAAUUAUAGAGCAAAUGUGUGGAAUAUUAUUUAUUUCAUUGUUGUGAGAUUAAUACUAUUCUGUAAUAAUUGAAUAACAGCUUCUAUGUCAUAACUGUAUGCUGUCAAACACGUUUAUUAUACGCGCUUCCAUUCUUUGUGCGAUCGUGAGAUUAAUUAAUCAUUACGUCAUGCGUUAACGAGAAUAUACUUCUCGUGACCGCGGAAUAGCGAGCGUGUUCUUUAGAUGUGCGCGUAAACGCAAGUCGGGCACGGCCCAGCCCUCUUCCAUUAUAAUCACGCACGAUUACACUAAAAAGCAGGAGGUAUAAAGCCACAAAGCCGCAAUAUCUCGAGAUAAAAAAAAGCAACUUGUUCUCGCGCGCCAAUUCUAUCUUAAAAAAAGCCGAAAAAGGACAGCUCUAAACUCAUUGAUUCCUUAAAAGAAUUGAAAAAUUGUCGUUACUAACCACCGCGUUUUUAAAUUUGUUUUUCCCCUAAAUUCUUGCGAAUCAGUAGCAACAAUAUAAUACAUCAGCUUCUUCCAUCUAAGAUUGUCAAAAAAUAAGAAUUAAAAAUUGUAGACGCGAGAGUAAUAACUUUUGAAAUCACUUCGGAUUCCGCAGAGAAAACACAAUCUUUGUCGUCAAUGUAUGACUUUUGCAAAAUAUGCGUUUAAGUGAUGUGUAGGUGAGAACGUGCACAUGUCGUUUGGCAAAAAUCCGACGGCGAUGAAAAGGAGAGGAAACCUGGUCAUUCCGGUCGCAUUGAGCUUUUGUUUCCCGACGAGACAAUCUACGGGUUGAGGUGUAUGGACGGAUUUCUCUCUCUCUCUCUCUCUCUCUCUCUCUCUCUCUCUCUCUCUCUCUCUCUCUCUCUCUCUCUCUCUCUCUUUCUAUAUAUCGAUUUUCUCAUACACAUCUGCCAUUUCCGGUUGCGCGCGCGUUAUUACCACGAGCAUGUACAUCGGGGAGGCGAGGGGAUCCUUUUAGGGUACGAGGGUUCCGUGGAUUUUCGAAAGGGCGACACAAGGGAAAAUAGCACGAAUCGUUAUGUUGCGUUACUCGCGCGGCAAUCUCCCUGAAUGAAAACGUGGCAAGGCGCUUCCCGCUUUUGUUCCGUUGAAAGUGACGCGCUGAAGGUACGGGCGAUCGAGAUGAGCGACAUUUGUCGCAUUCAAAGUCAAAAGGUUCGUUCGCCAGAAACGAAAAGUUAUGAAAACUUCUAAUUUCUGAAGCUAUCUCUUAAAAUUCUUAUCCUAAAGAAUCAUCAACAUUUCUCUCCAAAUAUUUCAAACAAAAUAUUUCGACAAGAGAUAUCGCGUGUAUUCUGUCGGUUUUGAAACUAAACGGAUUUAAUCGUGUUCUGUUGUUAAUUACAUCGUAAUACAUUUCAAAGAGUUGUCUUUUCGAUGUCGAACGUAAUUCAAUUAGUUUUUCAAACGGCGCAAUCAGAGAUCAUCGAGAGAAUCAGGAUUGGAAUAAGAUUGAUGGUCGGCUCUCUAAUCUCUUUGAAUGUAGUCUGCCAUGGAGUUCUGUUUACUACUGGAGUCUGUAAUUGAAUUAAUUACGAAGUGAUCUACUAUACCAUAUUAUUGGCAUAGAACUCGAACGCGAUUCCGUUUCUCUUUCCUAAGCAAUUGCUCGUGCGAUUCAAUCGUUAUAAAUUACUGACUUAUAUGAUAAGAAUGCUAAUGCCUGCGCUUCGUCGACGUUUGACUUUAUGAAACACACUUCUAAUAGCGAUCGGCCAGCUGCGCGGCGUUCAUUAGGCAUAACCGGAAUUUAAUCUGAUUGCUCGUCAACCAAAGACAGCCUCAUUCAUACUCCUUAUUCAACUGCAAGUUCAUUUCCCUAGCGUUGUAUAUGAAAAAACAAUGCUUACACAUAUCUAUGCGUUAUUUUAAGAUGACAAUUAUUAAAAUAACGCAAUCGAAUUUUUAUAGACGUGCUAUCUUUCUCUCUAGGAAAAAUUUCAAUUUCAACAAAAUAUUAAUUAAAAAAUCGAUCGCUAAAAUAAAAAUGAAUAGCUCUUGAAAGAGAAUGAUAAGAAAUAUUGUGGUAUUCUUAUUGCUUUUAAAUUAAUUCUUGCUCACUAAUGUUUCUGUCAAUGAUGAUAAAAAAUAAAGCGUCUCUUUUUUUGCAGAUUAAACAAAGAUGUCGGUGUUUGGCAUGCUCUCGGCAGUUGCCGGGUUGGUCAAGGUGCGAUUUCUGAUCGACAAGGCCGUUAUCGACAACAUGGUUUUCAGAAUGCACUACAGGAUCACGUCAGCCAUUUUGUUUGCUUGCUGCCUCCUCGUCACUGCCAAUAAUUUGAUAGGCGAUCCCAUCAACUGCUUAACGGAUUUGCAACACGUUCAUGUGGUUAACACGUUUUGCUGGAUCACAUACACGUUUACAUUGCCGGGGCAGAAUGAGAGAACGAUGGCUCAUCCGGGUCUUGGUAUAGAUAAUGGGGAGAGAAGGUACCACUCGUAUUACCAGUGGGUGCCGUUCAUGCUGUUCUUCCAGGGCAUGCUCUUCUACAUACCGCACUGGAUAUGGAAGCAUUGGGAAGAGGGUAAGAUCAGGAUGAUAUCCGAAGGUAUGAGAGGUUCCACGAUGGAUACCAAGCAGGAGCGACAAACUAAAAUCGACAAAUUGGUCCUAUACCUUAUGGAAACCCUGCACCUGCACAAUAGCUACGCUGCCGGAUAUUUCUUUUGUGAAAUCCUGAACUUUGCCAAUACCGUCGGCAAUAUAUUUUUCGUGGAUACUUUCUUGGGCGGCGCUUUUCUUACGUACGGCACGAAGGUAUUAUCGUUUAGUAACAUGAAUCAAGAGGAGCGUAUCGACCCAAUGAUCGAAGUCUUCCCACGUCUGACCAAGUGUACCUUCCACAAAUAUGGUGCCUCUGGUUCAAUCCAAGUCCACGACGCGCUCUGCGUUCUCGCAGCCAAUAUUAUCAACGAGAAAAUCUUUAUCUUUCUCUGGUUCUGGUUCAUCAUAUUGGCGGCCUUUUCUGGCCUGGCGGUAUUAUACAGCAUGGCCAUAGUGUUGAUGCCCAGUACGCGUGAAACGAUCCUCAAGAAACGCUUCAAGUUUGGCUCAUCAAAUACAGUUAAUACGCUCAUCCGAAAGACUCAGGUCGGCGACUUCCUGAUGCUUCAUCUAUUGGGUCAGAACAUGAAUAUCAUGGCAUUCAACGAGAUGCUGAAUGAGCUAUGCCGCCAUAUGCAGCAAUUCGGUAACAGCAGUGACGCGUCGCCAACGUCGGUGCCAUCGGCGCCCAGCACUCUCGAGAUGGCGCCAAUAUAUCCGGAAAUAGAGAAAUACUCUAAGGAUACCGAGAUUUAAAUGCGAGAUCUCGGUAGAAACCGCGAUAGAGACCUCGGCGAUUUGAUGAUCGUCACUUCCCUUCACUGCCCUUUUCCCCCUUUUACUUGAUCGUAUUGUGAUAAUAUCGAGGGCGGUUCUACAAUGCCGUCAUCUCGGUGCCAAUAAAGAGACAAGUUCGUGCCGCGCCGUCGACUACCUUGCCGCACGUACCGUACGUUUCUCAACCGUUAAAGUUUGUGUUCAAUGUGGCCUUACUAUCACGUAAAGCGUAAGCUCGAGCUCCGCGUUAAAAAGUCUCGAUGAAAAAAAUCUCUGGUCAACGAGAGUUUCGCUUGCUCGUUAAAAUGACAUUUAUAUCCAACAAGAUUUACAAUCGGAGAUUUCUAAAUAGACAGACCGCGUUUUUAAUACUGAUUUUUAUUUUCUCUGUCUAAUGUCAUAUUUUUCAUUUCACAGUCAUACAAAUCAUCCCCAGCUUUAUUCGAAAUUGUCAUUGUAUUCGCUUGCGUAUAAAGUAAAUUUGUAAACCACACACGCGCGAAUCACCUCGACAGAGCUCUUCCGUUGAAAUUUUUACAAAAUGUGUUCAUUGAACAUUAUCAUUACUGCUAUGCAAUUCUAAUGUUGAGCUUGGAGAAACAGUACAAAUGCUAAUUUUCAUUACCUUCUGGUUUAUCCAACACUCACUAUGAGACUUUUAUGUCAUAAAAACGAAGUUGAAACGCGUAAAAUUGCACAAGUCGACAAUGGUUCUUGCCGAUUAUUUCUCUAAGAAGGAAAAUUUCUAUUAUAUGUUUAUUUUUUCCUUAUCCUCCUUAGAAAUAUUUUCACUUGAGUAGAGAUCAUAGCGAGAAUUAUAUAAUGAGCAUUAUGUUUUGAUACAUUGUCCAGGCUUGUCCAUUAGAAGAAAGGUACGUUAAUUGCCUUACAUUGACUGCAGCGGCACGAACCGACAUUAGCUUAUCAAGUUUAAAAUAUGAAUGUAGACGAUAACGCGCGAUGCUUUCGGAUCAUAAAACGUAUGCACGUGUAACUGUUUAUAAUCGUUAAGUCGCAACAAGCUUCCAAAUGUGAUAGUCACAUUCCGACUCGCCGUAAGAUCGAAUUAUUUUAAUUAUUAAUCGUUCGUUCCAUGUCAACAUAUCAAUGCUGAUUUUUUUCGCGAUAACUUGAGGAAAAUACCGGCUAUACGAAUUAAGGCACAAAUUGAUAGGGGUGUUCCUUACAACUUCCGUUCAUGUCGUGAAUACAGUAUUUUAUCUACUGUAGAAAAAAGCAGGCAUCGAAAUAUAGUGGCUAUUACUGCAAUACUUUUGAUACUUGCUUUUGCGAUAUGUAAAACGUAUUCCGUAGAUUGCUUAUAUUAAUUAAGGACUAUGGCAAUACUGUACCCGAAAUGUGACGUAAAAAAAUAUUCAUUAUCCUGUUAGUUAUGACAAAUAUAUCGAUGUAUUUGUCAUUAUUACGAUCUCGUCACAAUCGCAUAGAAAUUGAAAAAGACGCAGACAGAUAGGCAUAUGCCGCUCAACAACGAAUUUUCUAAUCUCUUAAAUAAUUAUAUGAAUAUAUUAUAUGUAUAUUAAGUAGUACAUAAUGCAGAAGCGUGCAAAAAGCGAUUAGAAGCUUAAUGUCCAAGCGAACGCACGCGAAAUUCGCAGAUCGCAGAAAAUUAUCGCGCGAAUUACUUUAACAACGAAGACCAUCGCAAAGUACUUUACACUAUAGAAUGUGUAAAGUUAUAACACGUCCUAUCUAUAGCCUAAUAUAGAUGAAAUAACGUGUCAACGUUCUAGCAAACAAAAGAGAGAAACUCGUAGGACUCAUUUUUUCUAUUGUUUUUUUUAGAAUAUUUUCUAGUGUUAAGAUUUGAACAAGGAUUAGAGUGAGUGGUAUAAUUAAAAUUAAAUUGAAAAAGAAAAAACUAUGUGUGCGAGCGAUCCCGUUGGUCGUAAUGUGUAGUCAACAUUUCGCGUUUAGUGUCUUUUCCUCAUAUCAAUAUAGAGUAUAGAGGAUUCCCACAUAUUUUAAGAAAUGGAUCAAAACAAUGUUUUUGCGAAUACAAUAUUAAUUUCUAAACCGUAAAAAUUAAUUACAAGAAUGUAAAA